AUGGCAGACACUCCUGUUCUAGGUGAUCCCCCUAUUCAAGGGAUCCCCUGUGGCAGGCGAUGCCCCUAUUCCCAGAGAUCCCCCUAUUCCCGGGAUCCCCUAUGGCAGGUGACAUCCCCAUUCCCGUGCUCAUGGCACCGUCCCCCGCAGACCCUCUUCCAGAGCCCGGAUGAGGGCUGGCAGGUCUACACGUCGGCGCAGGCGCCCGACGGCAAGUGCCUCUGCACGGCCGUUAUCCCGGUGCAGGGCAGCUGCUCCCGGGACCUGCGCAGCCACCAGCUCCGGCAGCUCACGGAGAAGGUGCAGAACAUCUCGCAGUCCAUGGAGGUGCUGGACCUGCGGACCAGCCGCGACCUGCAGUACGUGCGCAACACGGAGGCGCUCAUGCGGGGCCUGGACGCGCGGCUGCGGGUGGCCGCCGACGGCCAGCGGAGCCUCAACGCCAGGAGCUUCCAGGAGCUGAAGGACAAGAUGCGGGAGCUGCUGCCACUGCUGCCGGUGCUGGAGCAGUACAGGGCGGACACGCGGCUCGUGGCACACCUCAAGGACGAGGUGAGGAACCUCUCGGGCAACCUGCUGGCCAUCCAGGAGGAGAUGGGCGCCUACGACUACGAGGAGCUGCAGCAGCGGGUGCUGCUGCUCGAGGCACGCCUGCACGCCUGCGUGCAGAAGCUGGGCUGCGGGAAGCUCACGGGCGUCAGCAAUCCCAUCACUAUCCGUGCCUCCGGAUCCCGUUUCGGCUCCUGGAUGACCGACACGAUGACGCCCAGCGCCGACAGCCGGGUCUGGUACAUGGACGGCUACUACAAGGGGCGCCGCGUGCUGGAGUUCCGCACCCUCAACGACUUCGUGACGGGGCAGAACUUCGUGCAGCACCUCCUGCCGCACCCCUGGGCCGGCACGGGCCACGUGGUCUUCAACGGCUCCCUCUACUACAACAAGUACCAGAGCAACGUGGCCGUCAAGUACCACUUCGGCUCGCGCAGCGUCCUGGUGCAGCGCAGCCUGCCCGGCGCCGGCUACAACAACACGUUCCCCUACUCCUGGGGAGGCUUCUCCGACAUCGACUUCAUGGUGGACGAGAACGGCCUCUGGGCCGUCUACACCACCAACCAGAACGCGGGGAACAUCGUGGUGAGCCGCGUGGACCCGCUCACGCUCGACGUGCUGCGCAGCUGGACACGGGCUUACCCCAAGCGCAGCGCCGGCGAGGCCUUCAUCAUCUGCGGCACCCUCUACGUCACCAACUCCCACCUGGCCGGCGCCAAGAUCUACUUCGCCUACUACACCAACACGUCGAGCUACGAGUACACGGACAUCCCCUUCCACAACCAGUAUUCCCAUAUAUCCAUGCUGGACUACAACCCGCGCGAGAGGGUGCUCUACACCUGGAACAACGGCCACCAGGUCAUCUACAACGUCACGCUUUUCCACGUCAUAAAGACGUCGGGAGAGCUGUGACCCCU